GUCCGGAAAAGUAGAUUACUAUUGGCCAAGAAUUGUAAACAAAAACAUCGCUAUGAGAGGCCAAUCCGUGAAAACUGCCCUGAAAACUGACGACUGCACUUGAAAUUAUAUACACUUUCAAAAUUAAGAGUGCCAACAAUUGGAACGGACAAGAUGAGGGUGACAUUCUGUACGGAUAUGGACAAGUCCGUUAUAGUUUACAACUUUGAAAAAAGAGGCUGGACUCAAGUUGGUCCAGAAGAUGAUUGGAAUUUUUACUGGGCUGUCACCCAAUCAUGCCGAACUAUUUUUAGCGUGGAAACUGGCUACAGAAUGAGUGAUAAUCAAACCAUCAACCACUUUCCCAAUCACUAUGAACUAACACGCAAAGAUUUACUGGUGAAAAACAUAAAAAGAUACCGAAAAGACUUGGAGAGAGAAGGAAGCCUGCUCGCUGAGAGAGGAGACGGACCAGGAAAAUAUCUUCACCUCGAUUUUAUACCAGUUACAUUUGUACUACCAGCAGAUUAUAAUAUGUUUGUGGAAGAAUAUCGCAAGUCUCCACAAAGUACUUGGAUAAUGAAACCAUGUGGUAAAUCACAGGGGGCUGGAAUAUUCCUUAUAAACAAAUUGAGUAAAUUGAAGCGAUGGUCUCGUGAAGCUAGAAAUCCAUUCAACCCCAACCUUACUAAAGAAUCAUACGUUAUUUCCAGGUAUAUCGACAAUCCACUCUUAAUUGGGGGGAAGAAAUUCGAUCUUCGGUUGUAUGUGCUAAUCACUUCAUUUCGACCCCUAAAGGCAUAUCUUUUCAAGCUUGGAUUCUGUCGAUUUUGCACAGUAAAAUACGAUACUAGUAUUCAAGAACUUGACAAUAUGUAUGUUCAUCUGACAAACGUGUCUGUACAAAAACAUGGAGAUGAAUACAAUAGCUUACAUGGUGGGAAAAUGAGUGUACAAAACUUGAGAUUGUACUUAGAAAGUACUCGAGGAAAGUCUGUGACAGAAAAACUUUUUGCUAAUAUUUCUUGGUGUAUCGUACACUCUUUAAAAGCUGUUGCUCCGGUAAUGGCAAACGAUCGACACUGCUUUGAGUGCUAUGGCUAUGAUAUUAUCAUUGACAAUAAACUAAAGCCAUGGUUAAUAGAGGUUAACGCAUCACCAUCUUUAACUUCCACUACGGUGAACGAUCGAAUUCUAAAGUACAAAUUGAUUGACAACAUUAUAUCAGUAGUCGUUCCUCCCGACGGUGUACCUGACGUCAGAUGGAAUAAGUGUCCGUCGCCUGAAGCUAUGGGGAAUUUUGAGUUACUCCUGGAUGAAGAAUUAGCAGCCCAGGACGAGAGAGACAACCCUACAGGAAAAUUUCGAAAUCAAUCAAACAAAUGGAAAUAAAGUAUUACAUAAGGGAAUUGGAUUCGUUUGCAAAACAGUUGUAGCUGAACCUCACUUCUUAUUUCUUUGGAUAAUAAAGCAGAUAUUCAUAUUUUCAUUAUUAUUAAUAUUACUAUUACUGAAUCUACUUGUAACGUACUUUGGUAAAUAGUAUUGCCGCUAAUGCGGCAAAUGUUGAACGGUGAAUUAAUUACAAACAAACGCAUUUGAAAUACACUUAACGAAUUGUUGAAUUGAUUCAGAAUUCUAAUUCUGCUUCCCUACUUAGAAUGAAUGCUGAUAAUAAUUAGCAAUACUAUGAUUUAAAAUACAUUAACAAAAGUUUUAUUUAUUAUCUUUAUAUUCUUAUAAAUAUUUUAGUUAUAAUGAUGUGAUGCGAUGAUGGCAAACAUACAAAAUAUAGGUCAUAAUUUCAGUCUUGAAUACUAAACGAGAAUAAAAAUUGAAUCAGAAAUCUUGCUCAAAAUACUACCAGUGGAA